AUGGGUUUCAGACAGUUGGCCUGGCGUGCCCUCUUCCUGGCAGGGUGUGUGUCGGCCAUUGAUUUCAAUAUCAACAACAAUGAAACAAUCAAAAAGUCCGCGACAGUCGAGUUCGAGAACCUACUCGUCAAUGGCGUCUUAGACGGGACCCUCAGUCCCAUCAACGACUCUGGUUACCCUGAGGGAAUGCUGUACUCGUCGCUAAUCCCCUACUGGUCGGCCACCGGCAACGCCACCUACAACAGCCUCAUUCUCAUGCGCAUGGAGAGCGUAGAGACAAGCGUCUUCAACGCAACAUGGAAGGGAGCCGACGUCCCGACCAGCGAGUACGUCUCAUGGGGCCUCGCCGCCAUGGCAGCCGCGGACGUGGACUUCCCAUUCCCGGGGGAUCGGAAAAAGUCGGCGUGGGUGUUCUGGGCCAUGGCAGUCGGGUAUAAGCUGGAUAUGAUAAUCAACCGGGGCGCGGUAUGCGACGGCGGGCUGUAUGACGACGAAAGCCAGAAGAAUGGAACGGAAUUCGACUGGUUUAGCAAUGGAGCGUAUUUUCAGCUCGUCUCCCGCAUCGCGCUGGCCUUCCCUCCUAAUAAGGGCACCUUUAUUAAUUAUGCGGACAAUGCGUGGUCGUGGAGCGAGAAGAAUGGGAUGGUGAAUACAACGGACUGGACGGUGAGUCAAAUGGUGUCGAAUACGACGACUGUCAAUGGUUCGACCUGCACGGCGGUGGAUACCUCGCGUUGGUCCUAUGCGUACGGGUUGUACCUGAGCGGUGCGGCACAUAUGUAUAACGUGACGGGAUCGGACACCUGGAGGACCCGAACCGAGGGAUUGCUGAAUAGCACGCUGGACACAUUCUUCGUCAACAAUAUCCUGGUGGAAGUCGGCAAUGGAAGUGCCAGUGUGGCCAACCACCCCUCUAUUGCCUUCAAAGGGUUCCUGGCGCUAUGUCUUGCAUCCGUGGCGAACUUGAUCCCGGACAUGGCGGACCAAAUUGUCCCGUUGCUGAAGGACACGGCCGUGGCAGUGGCGGAACAAUGCGAUGGCUCGAGCAACCAGACUGUCUGUGGGUCGGAUUGGGGCAAUAGCACCUACAACAAUGACCCAUCCUUCGGGAACACCUGGAAUGCCGCUAAUGUCUUCACAUCCUAUCUGCUCACACAGGGCAACUUGACGACAGGUGCAUAG